AUGGCAUCGUCUGUCGUGCCAGUCGCUUUGCAGAACAAACUGCUUGGCUAUGGCAGAGCCCCCAGCGCCCAGCUGGCUGUUCUGAACCUGGACCUUGUUCGCAAUAUUGUAUUUGCUCUAUUCUUAUUCCGCUACGUUCGAAAAACGUUCUACUCCCUGCGAGGCUACGGUUUCUUCGGCAGUAUUCACAAUGUCUACCUAGCCAUUCGUUUAUUUUUAUACUCUAUCUUUUUGCGGUUUCCCGGAGUCCGUGGACAGGUCGACAAACAAGUGACGGCUGCGAUUGAGGGCCUAGAAUCGAAACUCGUGGCAAACGGCCCCGGUGUUACACGAUACCUGACUCUGCCCAAGGAAGGAUGGACGCACGAGCAGGUUCGUGCGGAACUAGCUAAGCUUGGGAACAUGGAGCAUACCAGAUGGGAGGAUGGUCGCGUUAGCGGUGCCGUGUACCAUGGUGGAAAGGACUUGCUCAAAAUCCAGGCCGAGGCAUUUGAGCAAUUCGGCGUCGCAAAUCCUAUUCACCCUGAUGUUUUUCCUGGUGUUCGGAAGAUGGAAGCCGAGGUGGUUGCGAUGGUCCUUGCAAUGUUUCACGGCCCUUCUGAUGGCGCGGGGGUGACGACCAGCGGUGGUACUGAAUCCAUCCUCAUGGCCUGUUUGGCCGCACGUAACAAGGCGCGCGCUGAAAGAGGCGUGACGGAACCUGAAAUGAUCAUUCCUGAUACAGCUCAUGCUGCGUUUAUUAAGGCGUCUAGUUACUUUGGUAUCAAGCUGCAUCGUGUUCCUUGCCCAGCGCCAGACCACAAGGUCGACAUCGCCAAGGUGCGCCGACUGAUCAACUCCAACACCGUUCUGCUUGUUGGCUCUGCUCCAAACUUCCCCCAUGGUAUAGUUGACGACAUUCCCGCUUUAUCACGACUGGCCACACAUUAUAAGAUUCCUCUGCACGUUGAUUGCUGCUUGGGUUCAUUUGUCAUUGCGCUUCUGAAGAAAGCUGGGUUUCCGUCGCCUUACGAGGAGGAAGGCGGCUUCGAUUUUCGCCAACCAGGCGUGACCAGCAUUAGCGUCGACACCCACAAGUAUGGCUUUGCACCUAAGGGUAACUCAGUCCUUCUGUACCGCAACAAGACGUACCGCAGCCACCAAUACUUCAUCUACCCUGACUGGUCUGGUGGUGUCUAUGCGUCCCCUUCGGUUGCUGGGUCACGGCCUGGUGCGUUGAUUGCGGGAUGCUGGGCUAGUCUCAUGAGCGUAGGCGAAUCUGGCUAUAUCAAGAGUUGUCUUGAUAUAGUUAAUGCGGCGAAGAAGUUUGAGUCAGCUAUCAAUGAGGACGCACGCCUUUCGCCAAAUCUCCAAGUCGUUGGACAACCUAUGGUCAGCGUUAUAGCCUUCGAGAGUAAAAAUGAUGCCGUUGACAUUUACGACAUUGCCGAUGACCUUUCGGCAAAGGGUUGGCAUCUGAACGCCUUGCAAUCUCCUCCGGCAAUGCAUGUCGCUUUCACAAUUCCAACAGCUGCUGCUGUUGAUACGCUCAUUUCAGACUUGGUUGCGGUGGUCGAAAAGGAACUGGAGAAGGCGGAAGAGCGGAAGCGACAGGGCAAAUCUUAUGUCGUCAAACGCGGUGAUACAUCUGCUCUCUAUGGCGUGGCUGGAAGUAUGCCGGAUAAAAGCAUCGUCAGUCGCCUUGCAGAAGGCUUCCUAGACACCUUGUACAAAGCUUAG